AUGACGAAUUUUAAGGAAGAUGAAGUUUUUAAAAUUCCUUCUCAUUUGAGUAAGGAAUUUAUUGAAAAAGAAAAAAUAAGAUUGUGGACCGUUGCUUUGCAGUCUAGACUGGAACUUUCUGCCCAAAUUACCAACACCAAAUGGGUUUUCGUAGGAGAUCAGGGUGGAAUUAAGUAUUGGAAACGUGAGAAUCCACUCAGCAACACUACUCACUCUUCUAAAUCUGAAAUCAUUGUAAACAAAUCUACAAGUACAGUGAUGAGUUUUAUGUCCGAUAUAAAGAGAUUACAUCUUUGGAAUAAAUAUUUUUCAUCAUGUACAAAGAUAACUGAUUUAAUAGAUAACAAGAAUGUCUAUCAGGAUUGUGUUUUGCUGCAUGGAAGUCCGCAUCUCUGGUUGCCCGGAAGAGACAGUUGUUUGGUGAAAUACUCUGGUCCACAUCCCCACUUGCCCAAGAGCUAUGUCCGUGUGAUUCGCUCCGUUGAGACACCGCUCUGUCCAGAGAUUCCAGAGUAUAUGCGUACCCAACUUAUUUCCGGUUUCACAGUCGAGGAAAUUAAUCCGAAUACCUCGAGAAUCACCAAUGUUAUUGUGCACGACUUCAAGGUGUGCAAUCCACCCUCAGUUUGGGACUCAUGGCUAGUUCCCUUCAUUGCGAAAUGCGACAGUUGGACAAUCAACAAGAUGGAAAAACUCAAGCAUUUCAUCGAGUUGGAACCAACUUUCGACGGCGAUCUUCCACAGAAACGACCAACCAAGAAACAACAGAAACAGAAACAAAGAAAGGAAAAGGCGGAUCAACCAUUCAAGAAUUUAGUUUUCAUCAAUAACUUUGUAGAUAAAGAUAGUAGUGAGAUUAUCACAACGACAUCGGUAAUGUCUAAUGACAUUGACAACAACAAUAACAAUAAUAACAAGAGAAAGAUGGAUGAUCAACAAUCCAUCAAAGCAGAACCAAACUUUGACCAACCAAGCCUAUUCUCAUUGAAUCCAAAGAAAAAGUCUGAGGACAUUCUCGAUUUCCUGGACGAACAACAACAUCAUUUCAAUCUAAUAUUCCAAAAGAAUGGAGUAUCUCUCAUGGGUAUGGUCAUUCCAGAGAAUCGAAUUAACUUCACAAAUCUCCCAUUGGAGAAAUCAUCUUUAAACAACAACAACAACAACAUCAUCAAUAAUAACAAUAAUAAUAAUAAGAUCGACAAUUUAAAUAGUGUAAAUAAUUUAUUAAACAACACCAGUUCAAAUGAAGUUGAAAAUGAGCUAGGUGUGAAAUAUCAAGAUAUACAAGACUAUAUCAAUUCACAAUCAGCGCAUAAAAUGAUUUAUGUUUAUAAAGCUGUAUUUACAACACAAUCAUCUCCAUCAUCUAUAUUAUUUUCACUACUGGAUAGUGAUAAGAGAAAGAAUUGGGGACGUCCAUUCGUGACCAAUACCAACGAACUCUGGGAAAAGAACAACAUGGCGGCAAUGGAGAUCAAAUCGCAUUUUAUGAACUAUUUCACGAAUGGAAAGAGUACUACCAUUCCAUUGGACUACUAUAUUCGUGUCAGUCAGCAUAUUUUAGAGAUAAAAGAGAAUACAUUCUCAAAUUUACCUGAUCGAUCGUCCACCAAUCAUUACAACAACAACAACAACAACAGCGGAUACAGUAGUCUAUUGGUCACACUCGAAGAGAGAAGCAAUGGUGACACUCUACUGGUCAGACAAGAGAACUUGGUCGAUGAAAGACAUACCGAGCGUCACAUUGAACUGAUCUUCUUUUUAAACAACAAGAAUUGGGCAUGGUCCAAUGUAAUCGUUGACAAUCAACCAUUGGCGACAGCAGCAACAGCAACUCCAUUUGGUGGACCACCACUAUUGAACACACCGAACAACAACAACAACAACAACAACUUCAACAAUAACCACCAUCAUCACAAUCAAAAUCAACAUCACCAAAAUACAUAUCAAAAAUCACCAAUAGUAAAUUACAACUUUUUAGAUAGAGUGGCAAUGAAUGCCUCAUUGUUCUUCAAAGAAAGCAUCGAUGAAGAACAAUGGAGAGUUCAACAACCAACAACCACUACAUCCUACCAAGAUCACCAUCAUUAA